GUGCGCUAGUUGUACAGUAUUGUGUGCAUCGAGCCUAUGUUCUGUGGUGUGUGUGAGUGUGUCGUCUGCGCGACAAACAUAAUUAAAGAGAAGUUUCCAGUAACUAUUAAUACACACCGAUAACACAAAUAAUUCGAGUUAAAAUUUCACCUAUUCCUUAACAAUGGCGUUGGCAAUGCAAAGAAAAGCAAACGUUCGUUUGCCUCCAGAGAUAAACCGCAUUUUGUACAUCCGAAAUCUACCGUACAAGAUAACAGCUGAAGAAAUGUACGAUAUAUUUGGAAAGUAUGGAGCCAUCCGACAAAUACGAGUAGGUAAUACACCUGAUACAAGGGGAACUGCAUUUGUUGUUUAUGAGGACAUAUUUGAUGCCAAAAAUGCUUGUGAUCACCUCUCUGGCUUCAAUGUGUGCAAUAGAUAUUUAGUAGUUUUGUAUUACCAAGCCAGUAAAGCAUUCAAAAAGACUGAUUUGGAAAAGAAACAGGAAGAAAUUGAUAAAAUGAAGUCAAAGUAUGGCAUAAAUAUGGAUGAGUAAAAUUAAAAUGGAGACUGUGAAAUGAAAAAUGAAGCUGUAAAGUACA